UUAUGUGCGAGAUUUCUUCCGGCUUCCUUUCUCUGAAAUUCCGAUAGGACCAGUCGCAUGGGUGACAACACCGAUCCGACACUGACAAUUCUGCAAUCUUCUUUAUUCCAGCUCGUCCGAGCACACAUUCCCUCCUCAUCUCGUACCCACGUCACGAUGUGCUCAUAUACAUAUUCCUGGUACUAUUGCAAUCACGACUACUAUAUCUGGGCCAACUCAAUCGAGAUCUGCGCCUCACGCCUCCUGUCCGGUUACUCCUACGACGCCUGGAGUAUCGAUAUGUGCAAGAACCCUACAGUCAAAUGCGGUGGCUUCUCCAAUUAUUACUGUAACGAGUGCUCCGAGGAUGUCAAUCUUGAGCUUCAGCUUGAUGAGUGGUAAAGAGACGUUUCGGAGCAAGAACAGACUCUCGAGCGGCUGAGCGGCACCAAGUUGUAAGCGGCUUUAUUGUCCGAAUACGCAACAUUUGUGCUGUGGUGCCGAGUCAG